AUGUACAUGUUUUAUCUCUGUCGCUUUACAGAACGGCCAAGAUGAUCCUCCAGUUCACAGACGGAAUGAAUGCAUUCGGGAAGCUGUGGGACCUGGUGAGGAAGAACUGGAUUGCCUUCCUGCCUUUGUUCACCAACAUGCAGGAGCCCAUGUCAAAGGCAGCCUUCAAGGCCCUCUUCAGUUACAACUACAGCAGGAGAGGCAGCAACCAUCGCGAGGCAGAGGAGGACACCAUCUACUGCUGGGAGAUGGUGCUUAACAUGAUUGAAGACAAAGUGACUGACCUCAAAUUCGAAGACCUUCUGAUUUUCACCACUGGAGCAGACGAGGUUCCUCCCCUGGGCUUUCCCAGGAAGCCCUCCAUCGACUUCUAUGAACAGGAGGCAGGCCUGCGCCGUUUGCCCUACGCAUCUACCUGCACGAUCUGCCUGUACCUGCCGAGAGGCGUCAGUCAAGAGGAGGAACUGCACGAGAUGCUUUUACUGGCCACAAGAGGCUCUUUGGGAUUUGGAAAGGUGUAGAAGCUUUGAUAAGCAGACGCUCCCAGGCAGUUAGCAGUAGUAAUUAAAGUGUAAAGUAAUGAAAGCGGAUGUGUGUUUGUGUUAAAGAAAAUAUAAAACCUUUUAA